GCUGGGUUACCUGAUGGAGCGCGAGCGUACGGUGUGCGGUAGCGUGGUAAGGUCCCCGGGCUUCGGAGAAUCAGCAAAGGACUUAUUCACAUACUGGUGCGGUAGCGCGGAAAGGUCCGCACGGCUUUGGAUAAUCCUCGGAGAGAGCGAUGCGGGAGAGCUGAGAGGCGUGCUGCUGCGCGAGUCUGAGAGAAACUGUGAGAGACUGUGGGAUAAAAUGGUAAAGUUGGAGCAAAGAAUGAGAGGAGGAGGUGCAGGGUCUAUCGUCCAAUAAAAACGCUCGGCGCUAGUUUUGACCGUGUGUUUUUUCCUCACGCAAGCGUUUGUAUCACAUCGGCGUAUGGCGCCAAUUUGUAAAGGUCAUAAGUCGAGACAUACAUCGAGUCUGUCAAUUUGUCCGCCAGUAAAUUCUGCAGGGCCGUGCCACCUGGCCAUCGAGGCGCCCCCCUACCCGGCCACGCGGGCCAUACAUCGAGUCUGACACUUUUCCCCUCCAGUAAAUUCUGUUUAAAGUUUUGUUUUCACAUACGUCCCAAAUUACAGAUAAUUUUCUUACACAGGCACGAGUAGCAUCAUCAAGGCCGUACCACCUGGUCAUACAUCAAGUCUGACAAUUUCCCCGCCAGUAAAUUCUGUUUAUAGUUUUGUUUGUCAUACAUGACCGUGCAGAUAUGGGGUGACAGAGACAAUUAAAUUGUAUUACGUCGAGCGGGGGGCCUUUUCCUCCUCCUAGAGGCACAACGCCUUACCAAAGUUUGUACCAGCCAAAGAACCACAAGUUUCAUCGAGACCUUACCCGGUAAGUAUAUUAUUUCUUUUAUUCCUGUUAUAAAAAUGCUAUUCAAUUAAAAAAUAACAUUCUAAUAAUAGGUAUUCUCUCUUUUUUUUUCUAUGUACGAGAGAGAGAGACUACGCCGACCGGUCAAGAGAAAAUCUGCGAGAGAAUCAACAGAGACAUUAACAAGCAUGUUAAAUGAAAGGGGUUCUGAAGCAGAAGCGGGGCUACCCCCCACCGACGAGGUCGCAUGGUCCCCCGCGGAUUCUGAAUUGUGGGAGGCCUUGUCAGACGUGGAAUUUCUUCUCGAUGCUGAGGAGAUUGAAAAUGAAUUUGGGCUGGGACAAUUUGAAAAUGUUCAACAGGAAGGUGGCGGUGCCGUCGGUGACGUGGAUCCCCAGCCUGACGGGGUCCUUCAUCGCCGCAGAUUCAAUAACGUACAGAUUAGGCGGAUUCUAAAUAUCCCGCGACCUAGAAACGAAGGCAAUUUCCGCGAGUACUAUGAAAAUGUAAUCGAGGGGUUUCAAAAUAUUGUGAAUGAGGCGAUUCCUUACGCCGUAUGGGGAGCCUAUAUACAGGUCACCCUGCGCGCUGACUUUUUAAACGACGAGCUGUCGCAAAUUGUACGGUAUGGGGUGGGGGAGCUGACAGACUUGCAGCAGCUGCUGGAUCGCCUGGUACAGUCUAAUCAAGAGAUUUUAAACGAUUCCAACCUAGAAGUAAUCGUAGACGUAAUAAAUAUCCCACGCGGCGGUGCGAACAAACGUAAACUACAGACCAUGUUAGCUUCAGAAAUAAUUUCUAAAAAAGCCAGACACAUGUUUAUCAUUAAUAACAACACCAACGCGUGUUUCGCCAUAAACUUGGCGCACCUGCUGGACGAAAACUUUACUGUUGCCGAGGCUGAAAAGCUCGGCCUGGAGUUACAGGAGAAAGCGGGAUUCACCCCCGAUCACGCAGUCGCUUUGAAUGACAUUAUCAAUUUCGAGAAAAUCAUUGAUUGCAAAGCAGUGGUGUAUUAUCAACAACCUUAUUCAAACAAUCUCCAAAUUUACCAGACACCCACGCCUAGCGACGGUAGACGGGCGGUGUAUUUCUUUUUACACAAUCAGCAUUUUUACGGCAUUAAAAGCGUAAAGGGCUUCUUAGGCGUGGGGUACGUUUGCCCGAGCUGUUUCAAAGGGUACGAUUCGCCUCACUCUCAUCAAUGCGAAAAAUUUUGUAGCGUCUGUCAGACUAAUUGCAGAGAAGGUGAAAGCACACCGGCGAUACUAUGUGAGCGUUGUAAUUUCAGAUGUUUAAAUGACACCUGCUUUGAGCGCCACCGUACGCCUAGAGUCUGCCCAGUUAGGGGGGAGCUCGCUACCCCCUGUGACAAGUUCAGAAAAUGCAAAGCCUGCGGGCUCAGAUACUACCAAAGUCCCGAGAACCCAAAACCGCACUCGUGUAAAGCAGUAAAAUGUAAUAUCUGCGACGCUAAACUCCACACGGCCGUGUCAGACAUAUCCACCCCACAUCUCUGCUAUCUAAAUCCUCCCGAGAAGCCUAACAUAGGGGAACGGGCCGAAAGGGGUGAGGGGCGUAAAAAGCCCCCCGAAUAUGUGUUUUUUGACUUUGAAACAUCUCAGAGGUCGGGUACCCAUAUCCCGGUUUACGUGUGCGCCAUCUCCGAUCAGAACGAGACAAUGACCGCCGAGGGGCCCAACUGCGCGCUACAGUUUCUCAGACAUUUCAGGGCGCCCUGUUAUAGAGGCGUCUGUUUCAUUAGUCACUACGGUAAGGCAUUCGAUAAUUACAUCAUACUGAACGCGAUGGUGAAGGAAGGCGUGGAACCGCGUGUGGUAUCGCAGGGGAAUAAAAUCAUCCUCAUCCUGGACAGCGUGUUUGAGCAAAGGUACAUCGACAGUCACUCCUUUCUAAGCAUGCCGUUGAGAAAAAUCCCCGAUGCGAUGGGAUGCUCGACUCAGAUGCGAAAAGGCUAUUUUCCGCAUCAUUUCACAGACGUGGAAAACUUUAAUUACUUGGGGCCCUACCCCCCUCCCGAUCAAUUUGGGCCCGAUCAAAUGUCCGGCAAAGAACGCGACAAGUUUUAUCAAUGGUACGACAGUGUAAAGCACCAGACCUUUAAUUUUCACAAAGAGAUGAUCGCUUACUGUAAGAACGAUGUGGAGAUUCUGAGAGAGGGCU